UUUUAGAGCCAUAGCACGUUCAAUGAAAAAUGAUAAAAUAACCAGUGUUCAACAAAAUGACAGAAUCAGUGAUAUCCAAUUCUCAAGAAUAUCAGAGCUUCCGUAGCUCUGUACCACUGAAAACAUACAUUGUUGAUGAUGAUGAGAGUAAGGAAUGGAAACUCUAUGAUGCGGGUCCCAAACAAGUGAAGUGUCCCCUGAUCUGUUUUCCUCCAGCUAGUGGGACCGCAGAUGUCUUCUUCAAACAGCUUCUGGCCCUGUCAGCUGUAGGAUACAGGGUUAUAUCUGUUGAGUAUCCCACAUACUGGACAAUGAGAGAGUUUUGUGAUGGAUUCAAAAAGCUUUUAGACCAUUUGCAAUUGGAUAAGGUUCAUAUAUUUGGGACCUCAUUAGGGGGGUUCCUUGCUCAGAAGUUUGCCGAGUUCACACAUCGUUCUCCUAGAGUGAUUUCCCUUAUCUUGUGCAAUGCAUUCUAUGAUACUACUAUUUUCAACCAAACUAACUCAGCCCCAACGUUUUGGAUGAUGCCAGCCCUAGUUCUUAAGAAAAUGGUGAUGGGAAACUUUGACAGAGGCUUUGUGGACAGUGAUAUAUGUGAUUCCAUUGAUUUUCUUGUAGAGAGGCUUGACAGUUUGAGUCAGUCUGAAUUGGCUUCUAGACUUACCUUAAAUUGUAUGAACUGUUAUGUAGAACCUCAGAAACUCCAAGGCGUAGAUGUGACUAUUAUGGAUGUGUUUGAUGACUGUGCGUUGUCUCAUGCUGUGAGAGAGGAGAUGUACAAAUGUUACCCGGAUGCCAAACGAGCUCACCUGAAAUCAGGUGGUAACUUUCCAUAUCUAAGUAGAAGUGCAGAGGUUAAUAUAUUUAUUCAGAUUCAUCUUCAGAAGUAUGAUGAAACAAGUGAAAGUGCGAAGCUUAACACAAACACAGAAAACACAGAUACAGAGACCUUGUGUGGUUCGACUUCUCUUCCGGUUUCUUUUGUUUUCCUUGGUUGCGGGAUAUGUUCAUCCUUUUCCUUUAAUCAUGUUUGGAAAAUAGCAGUAUGCAAAGCAAUGAGCAGAUGUUGUCAGUCAGGAAGGUCAAGAAAAAUAGGUCCAGGACCAGAGAAUGAUGAUAUUGUGGAACUCAGACCAAAGAGGUAUUUAAGAAUCCAGCAUCUAAAUGCUAGACCACGAGACAAUGCACUGGAACAAGAACAAGAGUUGUAUUUAAGAAAUCAUAAUUUAUCCUACACAAAUUAUGGGAAAGUCAAGUCCAGUAUCAACCAGAAAAAGAGUGCUAGAGACAAUCCAAAAUCAGAUUCUCAGAGGGAUCACUUUGAACCAAUUCAUCCAAACAUGGCUAAAGGUCAGGAAGAAAAGGGGAUUGCAAGUAGACCUACAUCUUUUAAUGCACAUCGUUUUCCAUCUAAUUCUGGUCCAUCAAGAACUUCAAUUUCUAGGGAUUCUGUUGGUGGAGAAACAAUUAUGUCCUCUUCAAAUGUAGAAGUUUCUUUAAAUCUAAGAGGUGAUGAGGAUGCAUUUAUGUCUGAAAUUGAGGAAAAGGAUGAACAGUCUGUAGCAACCAGCCGAUCUAUGAAAAGUGCUGCAUCUGAAAUUGUGAAAACUAAUGGUGCAGGGUGUUCAAAGGUUAAUGGAACUAAGCAAGAUCCUGGAGUAGUGCUUUUCUUCAUUCAUGGAGUGGGAGGUUGCUCAGACAUAUGGAAACCUCAGAUUGACUAUUUCGCUAAAUUAGGAUAUGAAAUUGUUUGUCCAGAUAUGAUUGGACAUGGACUAAGUUGUGCUCCAGAUAACAAGAAAAGCUAUCAUUUCAGGGAAAUUUUACGAGACAUGGAGACUAUGUUUGAUGUAUAUUGUAAAAGAAGUAAUAUUAUUAUAGGUCAUUCAUAUGGUUGUGCUUUUGCAACUGUCUUAGCUAGACAGAGAGCAAAACGAGUCACCAAGCUGAUUUUGGUCAGUGGAGGAGGACCUGUUCCCCUUGCCCCUCAGCCUGGGGUUUUCUCCCUGCCAAGUUGCAUACUUGCAUGCAUCAAGCCAUGCAUAUCAUGUCUGUUUACGAGAGGUGCUUUCUAUGACAAUUCAAAAUUGUUAGUAGAAAAAAAGAAAGCUUUUGACAUUCCCACUUAUGUCCUGGACUACAUUAUGAAUGGACAAUGGUGGCUAGAUGGGGAUGACUUGUACCACAGCUGUAUUAGUAUGCCUACAUUACUUAUCUGGGGUCGAUAUGACAAGUUCGUGUCACUAGAAGAAGAGGAGGCUAUGAAUAAGGUAAUUAUCAACUGUAAACUGGAGAUUGUAGAAGAAACUGGCCACAUGGUGAUGAUGGAAGCACCAGAACAUUUCAAUGUCAUUGUGCAUCAAUUUAUAACUCAGGAAGUUAUAAAAGCAACAAAAGACAAUCAACAGAACAAGGAAUAUAGCCAUGCUACUGGUAUUUCUGACAAUCAGCCAGAAACAGGCAGGUCCACAAGAACAGCUACUCUCUGGUUUUCACCUCGACGAAAACGACUUGACAGUGCUACAAGUAACAAGUCCAUAAGUUCUGUAAAAUCCAGCAAGUCCCGAAAAUCAAUGCCACAUGGAGUGCUAACACACAGCUUACUAUGAUUGUUAAAGUUUAGAAUAUUUUGUAAGAAAGUUCAUGUACUAAGUACCCAUAAAUUUAUAACUUGAUUGGGAUUGUGAUGAAUCGUAUA